AUUGGCUGGCCACUUUUGAAUUCCUAUUCUCUACUUCUGAUCAGCUCAAGCUGCAUUCAGUCGAAGGAAGAUGAGUCCCUGGCUGGGGAAUAACUGUACAUCAAGUCGGGAGAUGAAGACAUCGAUACAAAACGAGUUUUGCCUGGCUGUCAGAUUUCUCUCCGAUUUUCCAAUUGUCCAUUGUUACUGCGCCAAAGCUAAGAGUUAGGGCGACGUGCACCAGACGCUAAAAAGAAAGACACUCGAGCCAUUUAAAACAAAUUCAAAGGAGCACCUUGCAAACGAACAAAUCAUCUUUCGAGAGUGAGACACACAAAUUAUGACCUUACGUCUUUGAACAUGACACGACAUCCGAGAAUCCAACAAGAGAAUCACUUCAUUUCAUUACGACCAUUGUCUAUGAAGAUGCCAUUUGUGUUGAUUGGAUGGUUGUUGAUGGGGAAUGUGGAAUUGGGAUUGGGAAAUGAAGCUGUGUCUCUGUACUCGUCCAGUGAUCAAGUGGUGGAAUUAGUGGAUGCCAAUAUGACUAAUAACAUCUAUAAUUCAAGAUUCUUGUGGGUGGUGGAAUUCUAUUCUCAUUGGUGUGGCCAUUGCCAACGUUUUGCGCCAACUUGGAUGAUGUUGGCGGAUCAGUUUGCGGAUUGGUCAGGUCAUGUGAAGAUCAGUGCCUUGAACUGCGCAGAGCAAUCAGACCAAUGCGCCAACUUUAACAUUAUGGGCACACCCACUGUCCGAAUAUUCCCACCUACGACGGCCCCGCCCUUUCAAGGCGUUGAUGUGCACUUGCAAAAUCGGAGUGAUUUACUUUACCUGCGUUCAACUGUUAUGUUCCAUGUGGCAAAAUCCCAAAUGAAUCAACUGUUCCCCUAUCCUCUGCCCAAUCUACAAUACUCUCGUGCUAGAUCAUACUUGGAGUUGUACUCACUUAUUCGCCAAGAUCCUGAUCGCCCAACGGUGUGCAUAGUGGAAAGCGCGGAUACUCCCGUAUUAGGGCUUCUCGUCCUUCAAUCCUUGGGGCCUAAUACCUUGGAGAAAAUGAACAUAAGAAGAUUUCAUGCAUCUUCUCAGGAAACAUUUCAAUCAUACUUCACACAAAUCACUCAAUUUCCAGCAGUUGUUAUACACUUUGGUGACUUAAAAAGAGGGGAAUCCGAGCAGAUAUUUAUGCCUGAUAAAUGGUCUUCUAUACCCGUAGCACAACAAGUGUUAGGGUUCAUUUACCAACAUUUACCUCAAGCUAAUCGUUUUGAAGUUUUACCAAUCUCUUCAACGACCUCGAGAUCCGUAAGUGAAGAGCUGAAUAACGAUGACGUGGUGUACGCAACCGAUCUGGAGAAAGCCAUUGAAUACGCGAUUACUCAAGAGAUUGCCAACCAUCCCGUUUUGACGGAGGCACAUCUAACCACGAUUGGCUGGUUCUUGGAUGUGAUCAUCCGUUAUCUUCCUCUUAGGGCCGAGGUGAAACUAUUUCUUACUCAACUUCGAGACUGGCCAUCUCAAUUGCAAUUGAAAUCCAUCUCGAAUGAUGUCUACAAGGACAAAGUUCUCGAGUUGAAAAGGCUGUUUCGGCCUUUUCAAGGCACGCCAGAUGAGUGGGCUGGAUGUCGAGGUUCCAGUCCCAAGUACCGCGGAUAUCCGUGCUCCCUUUGGACCUUGUUCCAUACUCUGACCGUCAACGCAGCGCUGAGAGAUCAACACAAAGAGCCAAUUGAAGGUCCCACGUUGGUUGCCCGUGCCAUGGUCAGUUAUAUCCAUUAUUUCUUCAGUUGCCGCCAUUGUGCCGAAAACUUUGCGUCUAAAGUUAGAAGUAUAGGUGCUUUACCUUCAACACCCACUGGCGCAAUUUUGUGGCUCUGGAAAAUUCACAACAUGGGCAACAAAAAACUGGCGGGCGAUUUGACAGAGGAUCCAGCUCAUCCCAAGAUCGAAUGGCCUUCUCCGGCUCUUUGUCCCGAUUGCCGGGCCCCCCCGGUAAGUCCAUCCAAUGAAGUGGGACAAGGCGGCACCUUGUGGAAUCUUGACAAAACAGCUGACUACCUGAUCAAAGUCUACCGCGAGGAGAAUAUUAUUCCGAACAAGUUCUACGCGAGCGGUUUGCUUCGAGCAUCGAGCCUAAAUUAUGUGUUUCUAUUGGCUUUUCAUUUUCUUCUACAGAAGAAAGGAUUUCAAUGGUGAAGGAUCUGCUGUCUAAUUUGGUAUCGGAUUUCAAUUCGUCCCAAAUCAACAACAAUAUCACUAUUGACGAGCUUUUGGAGAAGAUCAACAUACCGCAAUUCUGCCAGAAUGUCUAUGAUAAGGUUUGAUGAAAAUAAAAGCAAGAGCUGCAUCAAA